AUGGCCAUGGUGGCCCCGAGCGAGGGUGGUGCCAUCCCCUGGCCUCUGGGUGCCACCAGCUACGCCAUGCGAACCAGGGUGCGCAUGGGCGCUGAUCUGGUGUGGAACGCACACCUCAUUGGGAUCGACCUGGACACAAUCGAAACCAGCAACCUGAACAGGCAGUUCCUGUUCAGGCAACAGCACGUGGGGCAGAGCAAGGCCUCGGUCGCUGCGGCGGCGGUGCAGGCGAUCGUCCCCGGGGUCAGCAUCACCGCGCACCGAGCCAACGUUAAGGAGGCGCGGUUCAGCGCAGACUUUGUUUCCGGCUUCGACCUGGUCUUGAACGGGCUGGACAACUUGGAGGCACGGCGCCACGUCAACCGGCUGUGCCUGGCGGCGCGCGUGCCCCUCGUGGAGAGCGGUACUGCAGGGUACCUGGGCCAGGUCAGCGUGCACCUGGGCGGCGUCACCGAGUGCUUUGAGUGCCAGCCCAAACCCGUGCCCAAGACCUACCCGGUGUGCACCAUCCGCAACACCCCGGACAAGCCCAUCCAUUGCAUUGUGUGGGCCAAGGACCUCCUCUUCGCCAGGCUCUUUGGGCCGCCAGAAGCCGCCACCGACCUGGACGACGCCGGCGAGGACCCAGGCAUGGUGUGGGAGUUUGGGGGGGGGGGGGGGGGGGUCGAGGCAGCAACGACGGCAGGCCCUGCGCUCCUGCGCCGCAGCGGCGAGCCGGCGGAAGAGUACGCCCUCCGCGUCUUCCAGGCGGUGUUUGUCGCCGACAUGGAGCGCCUGGCUGGGGUGGAGGAGAUGUGGAAGGGGCGGGAGCCCCCGACGCCCUGCGCCCUGGAUUUAGCAGCGGUGGGCGAGCGUGUGCGGCUGGCCGAGGAAAGCGCGGCGGGGCGUGGGCCAGGCGUCGCAGCCUCGGGCAUGUCUUCCGCGCUGGGCCUGCCCGACGCCCAGCGCGCCUGGGCGCCGGAGGACAGCGCGGCCGUGUUCCUGGCCAGCGUCCGCGCUUUCCUCACCCACCGGGCCGAAGAGGUGGGCGCGCUGCGCUUCGAUAAAGACGACGCACUGGCGACGGAGUUUGUGGCGGCCGCCGCCAACCUGCGUUCACACUGCUACGGCAUCCCCCCCCAGACCCUCUUCGAGGCCAAGGGAAUGGCGGGCAACAUCAUCCACGCCGUGGCGACGACCAACGCCAUUGCCUCAGGGCUCAUCGUGGUGGAGGCCAUGAAGCUUCUGGCAGGCCAGUCAAAGGCGUGCCACACCACUUUCUUGCUUGCGGAGGCGAGUAACAAGAAGCUGCUGACGCCCAUGCAGUCGCCGGAACCCAACCCCAACUGCGUCAUCUGCGGCAAGGCGCAGCUGCUGCUGCACGCCGACCUGCAUGCCCUGACCCUGGGGGACCUCAUCACACAGGUCCUUAGGGGACGAAUGGCACUGGUGGAGCCGACGCUCGUGGCGGGGAGCUUCAUGUACGAGGAGGGCGAGGACCUGGAGGAGGAUGAGGUGGCGUUCCACUCGCAGAACUUGACAAAGCCCCUCAGUCAGCUGCCGGGCGGCGGGUUUGCCACGGGUACGCUGGUCGAGGUCACAGAUCAGGCGCAGCAGACCAGCUUCCGCAUCCUCGUGCAGCAUAAGGACACUUGGGAUGAAGAUGCAGAACCGCUGAGGUGGGAGAUCCGGGGCGAGCUGCCUGCCAGCACUUUUGGGAAGGAGGGUGCGGGUCCCCAGCCCGACGAUGGCAGUGAAGUCGAGGAGGAGGGCUUCGAGAUCGUGGAGGAGGGCACGGCCCUGCCCAGCAAAACUGCAGCAGGUGGGUGGUUGGAGAGCUACGCAAGCGGCCAGUGGACGGGGUGGCUGACAGUGACGGCCGAGCCAAGAAGUGGCGACGAGACUCUGAACAGGGUGUGGAUGGACAGUGAGAAGAGGUCGCAGCCUCCCGAGGAGAAGACGCUCGUGUGGAAGGAGGGCAAGGAGGUAGAGUGCCUCUUAGAUGAGAUCAAGGCCCACUUUGCGCGCACCAGCCCGGUCAAAACCCCCGCCCAGCAGGCCGCGCAGGUCGCGCAGCUGCGCGCCAAGCUGCCGGCGGGCGCCGCGGCGCCCGACGACCGCCUGCUGGUAGCGGCCACCUCGCUGAACAUGGUGGAGAGCAUCGCGCUGCUGCCCAACCUGCCGGUCCAUGGCUUCGUGGGCGUGAACAUGUACGUGGACGACGAGGGGUCCAUCCGCGAGGCGCCCUUCAACGCGCGGGCCAGCGAGCUGGCCACCCUCUGCGGCAAGCCACUGCAGGUGCGCGGCGACGCUUUCUUGUCGCGCGUCCUGGACGACGGCGAGGCCUUCCGCCGCCUGGACUUUGGCGCCAACGACCUGUCCUCUUCCGCGCCCUGGGUGGCGGCCGCGGGGGCCAAGAAUGCCGAGGCGCGGCGGGGGGAGGGCGCGCAGGCCAUCUUGCAACGCAUGCAGGCGGAGGGGGCCGGUCCGGGGCCCGCCUCCAGCCCCUCGCCCGCCGAUGCGCUCAAGCAGCAGGGCAAUGCAGCCUUCAAGCGGUGUGAGUGGGAGACAGCGGUGCGGCUGUACACCCAGGCACUGGAGGCCGAGUCCGGCCUGGUGGCCGCGCGGAACAACCGGGCGCAGGCGCUGCUCCACCUCCAGCGCUGGCGGGAGGCGGGCGCCGACGCGGAGGCGGUACUGGCGGCGCAGCCCGACAACGCCAAGGCGCUACUGCGCCGCGCUGCUGCGGCGCAGGCGCUGGGCGAGCACGCCGCCGCGCGCGCCGACCUGGAGCACGUCCUGGUCCUGGAGCCGGGCCACCGAGAAGCCGCGCUGCGCCUCGCCAGCCUAACCUGA